GCGUGCGUGCGCGCGCGCGUGUGUGUGUGUGGCGCUGCUCUGCUGUUGCUGCCCUUUGAUCCCUGCAUUAGUGUUAGUUAGGGGCUCGGAGACACACUUGCACCGAGAGCAGCCAUAGUCAAGACACGGCAACAACAACAGCGGCACCUCCUCCGCCUGUGUUCCCAUUCCCCAACAAUACACUUUAAACCGAGCAAAGCCAGGUGCACGACCAAGUCCCUGCCAUCACUGGCGCCUCCAGUCUCAAUGGGAAAAACCUUUUUUCUUCUUAUCCCUAAACAAGGACGAGAAUGUGAUUAAAAACGGGGGAAAAUGCCAAGGAGGAAGCAGGAGCAACCCAAGCGCCUGCCUUCACAUGUGGACAGCAACGAGGAAGGAGGGCCUGAUGAUGGUCCAGUGGAGGAAGAAGGCUGGUUUGGGAAUGCUUCUGACACACGCUCAGAGUCGUCGUCCUAUGGAGACACCCAAGAUGAACUCCUCCUUGCCAGGGGCUCCUCUCCUGAUGAACUGCCUGGAGUUAGCACUGGGUCCGGGGACCAUGAUACCUGUGGAGGUGAGAGCUCAUUGGGUUGCCCCACACCCGUCCAUCGUGCCUCUUUGGAACUUCUCGGACUGGAUGGAGGUGCAUUCUCGGCACAGGACACACUCUCUUCUGUGGUGUCAACACUGUAUGGCGAGGCAGCAUCUCGUGCCCUGGGAAAACCCCUCAGCAGCAACCUACGGCGCCUCCUUGAGGCUGGGUCGCUGAAACUCGACACUGGGGAGCUGCUGGGUCGGUCAUCCAGGGGAUGUGCUGGGGGGGAGUCUCCUCCAAUAGGUCUAGCCCCACCUCUGACUCUCUCCCCAUCUUCCCACCAUGCCCAGCAGUUAAGUGCUCUUGCCCGAAAACUGGCCAAUAACAACAACAACAGCGGCUCCGCCUCACCAGCCUCCUUGGCACCCUCAGUCACCAACAUUAAGCAAGAGCCCCUUGAUCCCUUUAACUCUGUCACCCCUAGCAACGGCAGUGGCUUUGUAUGGGCAGGUGUUGCAGAUAAGUGGCCACCGGCCAGCUGCUCCACGCCCUGUGGCUCCAGCCUAUCCCCGGACUCUGCAAUCCAGAAGUUAAAAGCAGCAGCGAAUGCUGUGCUUCAAGACAAGAAUGCCGUGGCCUCCUCCUCAACGACUUCUUCCUCCUCCUCCACCUCUGCCUCGUCUGCAGUGCCCGCCCUCGGAGGGGGUGGUCGAGGAGAUGAUGUGGUGCGCUUUGAUGCCUUCAACUCUCCGUUCAGCCCUCAGUCCGCUAGCUCCACCCUCGCUGCACUUUCCAAGAAAGUCAGCGAGCGGAGCCAAACCUCGUCAACGCCCAGUGCUGCUACUGAUCACCAAUCCUCCAAUUCCUUCCUCUCGCUUGUGUCAAUGACUUCCUCUGCUGCCUUGCUCAAAGAGGUGGCAGCCAGGGCAGCGGGAAACCUGCUGGCAGAGAAGAAAGAUGGUUCCUCCUUGGCGACUGCUGGGGUCCUCCAAGAGGAUGUGAAGCCCCUGCUGGACAAGAACCAGAGAGCUCCUACACCCUCUACACCCACCCAGAGCCUAGACUUGCUGUUGCCCUCUACUCCAAAGAACAGAGGCAAACCAAACAGCCAAGCAGGCUCUCCUGAGGAUGGUGGCAAACCGUUCCAGUGUCCUGUGUGUGGACUGGUCAUCAAACGCAAGAGCUACUGGAAGAGACACAUGGUCAUCCACACAGGCUUGAAAAGCCACCAGUGUCCUUUGUGUCCCUUCCGCUGUGCUCGCAAAGACAAUCUAAAGUCCCACAUGAAGGUACAUCAGCACCAGGACCGGGGUGAGACAUUUCAGUGUGAACUUUGCCCCUUCACCUCCUCCCGUCACUUCAGCCUGAAGCUUCACAUGCGCUGCCACCAGCACUUCCCCCGCUCGGACGUCAAGGUGAAAGAGGAGCUCACCACCGACACGGAGGGCGAGGGCUCCCUGAUGGGUGACAGCGGCCCCACAGACCUGAGAGGGACGGAGAUGUCGCCACUGCACUCAGACAGCCAGCAGCAGACGUCCUCUCCGGUCGAGGCUUCCUCCAAUCACGUCCACAUCAAGGAGGAGCCACAGGAGAGAGAUCUGUCUGUGCUCUCCCCCUUUAGCAUGUGCAGGGACCGUCCCAGCAGCAGCGCCAACUCCUUGGACCUACCGGGAGUUGGGGUCGGGGUCAGAUCCAGUUCUAGUGGUCCAACCACAGCCUCCCUCUUCAGCAAUGACAUCACUACCAAGACGGCAACUGACCUGCUUAUGAAGCUUUCAGCGGCCAACCAGAGGGAGACUCUCAAGUCUCCAUUCCACCUGAAGGAAGAGCCCAAAGUGGAGGAAGCAGUGAGCCCUCGACCAACCUCCCAGUCCCAGAGCCAGGUACAGCCAAGCUUCCCUGCAACUUUCUGCCAGAACGGGCCAGUGGGGGCGGCAGCUGCCACAGAGCGCCCAGGGUCACUGAAACCAAGGGAAGGAAGUCCCAGGACUAAGAAUACCUUGCUGAACCAGGAUAUCAACAUUAAGGUUGCCUCUGAGCUGCUGAUUAAGCUUUCAGAGAACAACAAAGAUCAUUACCAGAGGGUGAAAGUAAAGGCAGAGCCCAUGGAGGUGGACCCACCCCCUGCUGAACUCACCCGACCUGCCUCUUUCCUGCGGGCCUUUGGCACUUUAGGGGCAAGUGAGAAGACUGAGCCGAUGAGUAACCUUCUAGAGACGUUGGCCCGCCCCCAGAAAGACCUGUUCUCCCAGGACAUAUCGGUCAAAAUGGCCUCAGAACUACUGUUCAAAUUGUCAGAAAAAGUCAGCAAGGCCAACAACCACAAAGACAGUAACAUGGUGGGAAUAAACAGUUCGUUCCUGGACGAGUGCUUCAGACAAUCACCCUUUAACUCGCGCUCCAAGAGCUCUUCCCCCGCAGAACCCAGCUCUUCUGCCAGGGCACUAUUCCAUGACUCGGAAAAGGAUGACGUGGAGCCGGGAAACGGGAUUGCCCCGUGGAGACUAAAUGAACAGCUCUUCCCCUGUCCUGUCUGUGGCAAAGUGUUCGGGAGACAGCAGACGCUUUCUAGACAUCUGUCUCUCCACACAGACGAGAGGAAGUACAAGUGUCACUUGUGUCCUUAUGCAGCCAAGUGCAGGGCUAACCUCAAUCAGCACCUGACCAUCCACUCCGUCAAGCUGGUCAAUACAGAUGCUGAGCAGAUUGUGAGCGCUGUUACAGCCGAGUCUGCCGAGCGCAAGAACUGCCUCUACUACUACAGCUGCCAUGUGUGUGAUUUCCAGACGGAGCUGAAUGCCCAGUUUGUCAGCCACAUGUCGCUCCAUGUGGACAAGGAGCAGUGGAUGUUCUCGCUCUGCUGCAGCGUCUGUGACUUUGUCUGCAUGGAGGAGAACGACAUGAAGAACCACAUUAGUACCGGGCAUGCAGGCCUGAGCUCAAGAAGUCCCCUCAGCGAGACCAAGAGCACCUCCUCGUCCCUCUCGGCCCUCAGCGACUCACUCAACAGCUCGGAGGGCGGAGACCUCACCCACGGUAACGACGAACUCAGGGGCCUCCUGGCCCUGCCCUCCUCCGCAGGAAGCCAGUCCAGCUCUGGAAGCCACUCGGGAUCAGGAACCGAGGACAAGUCUGACAAAGGUUUCGAAUGCGUCUUCUGCAAUUUUGUGUGCAAGACGCGUAGUAUGUACGAACGGCACCUUCAGAUCCACCUCAUCACGCGAAUGUUUGAGUGCGACGUCUGCCACAAGUUCCUGAAGACGCCCGAGCAGCUGCUGGAGCACAAGAAGUGCCACACCGUCCCCUCCGGAGGGCUCAAGGUUUGUGAAGCGCUUUGGGGCCCAGAGCAGAUGAAAGGUGCUAUUUAAAUGUGCCCUUUCUGCAUCUACUCCACCAAUCGUCCAGCGGCCAUGGAGUGCCACCUUAAGACGCACUGUAAGAUGGAGUACCGCUGCCGCAUCUGCCAGGGACUGUGGCCGGACCAGGCCUCAUUGGAGGCCCACAUGCGCGGGCACCGCCUGGGCAACCACUACAAGUGUGAGCAGUGUGGCUACUUGUCCAAGACGGCCAACAAGCUGAUCGAGCAUGUGCGCGUGCACACGGGCGAGCGGCCCUUCCACUGCGACCGCUGCUCUUAUAGCUGCAAGCGCAAGGACAACCUCAACCUGCACAAGAAGCUGAAGCACGCUCCGCGCCAGACUUUCGGCUGCCAAGAGUGCCCUUUCACCACCACACACCCCUUCGUCUUCAGCCGCCACCUCAAGAAACACCAGAGUGGAGGAGCGGGGGGUCCGAUCGGAGAAGAAGAAGAAGAAGAAGCGGAGGAAGAUGAGGAGGCUGGAGAGGAGGAGCUGCCACUCCAGGGAACGUCACCAGGGGUCUCUUCUUUGAGGAAGAGUCAGGAGAACUUCCUGUUUGGCAGAGGAGGAGGGAGCAGCGGAGGGAGUGGGAGUAACAGCCCGCUCAUGAGUCUCACGGCGUCCCAGGCGCUCCAGUCCGUCGCCCUGUCACUCACGCUGGGCAAGUCCCACCAGCUGGACGCCCCUGGCCCUCCGCACUGCUUGGUCAACACUAACGGCAACAACAGCACCACCAGAAACCCCGGCGGCCCGAGCAGCGGCAGCCCCUCCCUCUUCCUCCCCUCAUCCCGCCACAUGUUCGAGCAGUACAGGAACUGCGACCGGGCGCACCUGAUCCCCCUCACCACCUUGUUCACCCACAACAGCCGCUUCACAUUCCACUCGCACCUCCACUCCAGAUGGCGGCCCGCCACAUCUCCUCUUCUCUUCUCCUCCAGCUCAGCGUCGCCCUCCCGCUCUUCCCCCUCACCCUCCUCCCACAAACACUCCUUCCUGGCCUACCUGGGACUGACGGAGAGGGCCAAGACUGUUUGACCUCCCCCUCCCCUCGCUCUUUCCCUCACUCCUCGGACGGUGGUGUGAAUUGACACUUGACCACCGCAGUGGGAGCAACGUCUUUUCCAAUCAGACCAGCAGAAUAAGCUGGACCAGACAAACAUAUUGAAGAAAAGAAGAGAAAAAAACAUUUAUAAGAGAAAAAGGCUGUACAUGCUAAAAAUGCAUUUAUAUCAAAAAGCUGCUUUUCUUAUCAGUUCUAUCGAUUGAAUUAUUACUACUUCAACUACUACUCUCUAUUACCCUUUCUUUUUUUCUGUUUUGAAAUGUCUGAAUGACUUGGACCCAGUUGCAUUAUCUGAGGAAACUAACGUAUCUCAGUUUUAUAGAUAUUUUUCUUUAGUCGUUUGACGAGAUAAAAAGACAAAACAAAACUCGCAAGUGCUAUAUUUUAGUGCAUUUUUGUCUAUUGCUAUUAUGCAUCGAAAUAGCAUGCCUGUGUUUCAACUAGCUUUGACGUCAUUAGGAAGCUACAUUUGAGAUAUCCUGAAGUGUUAGCGGUGCAAUGUGGACAGAACCAAGGAAACGCAAUGCUUUUCAUCGUAAAAAGGCACGUUUCCAAAGCAACGCCUCAAACCACGCACUUACUUAUUUAUCAGUCUUGUACAUAGUUUUGUAGCCCCUCCCCUUCCCAUCUUUUUGAUUUCUGUUGUUUUUUUGUAUAAUGGUGAAACCAUAUUAUGCAUAGCUGCUGCCUGAUAGCACCUCCGUCUCAAAAUAACUAUAAUUUAAAUGGGUUACUAGUUAAUUGUAAUAGUUUUUUUUUGUAAGCUCACUAAACAGAAGAUAAGCUGUGAUAAUGUAAAUAAGGAAAUUCUGACUUAGAAGAAACAUUCUACAUUUAUUACUAAUAAUUUGAUUUGAAUAUAAAUGUCAAAUGUUGACAAUGAGUUUGCACUCGCAGUGAAAAAAAUGAGCAACGUUCAUUGGUUAUUUCUGAGACCAGGUGGAAAUCAGCACAGCUUCAUAUGCAGAACUAUGUAUCACGCACCUAUACUUAGAAGAGAUAUAUGAGAUAACUGUUUUGUGGAGGUGACCGGCUCGGGGUCAGCAAGCUGCCCACAGCCACGGUCACCACAGGCCGAUUCAAUGGUGCUUUUUGGAGCUUUUUGUAAUUUUUGUGUACAAAAAAAAAAGAAAAAAACUGUUCCAAAAUGACUUGAAUGAAUGUAUUUUUGUUUAUGUACAUGAAAAAGAAGCGAUACAGAAGUGUGAGCAGGGACGUCUUCUGUGCUGGAAAAGACGGGAAAGUUAGUUAGUGUGUUCGGUGGCCUUCUGUGUCUUUGUUUUCUUUUGGUCUUUUUUUUUUUCACUUUUUUUACUGAGCCUUUUACAUCAUAAUAAAACAUUUUCUACUAACAUUCAUAGAGAACCCAUCGUGAAGAAGAAGGAAAAAAAAGCUCCUGCAGGUGCAAUGAUGAAGCAAAGCCAUUCACUUGUACAGCAUUGUUUUCAAUGGCACUGGCUUCUGUAGGCCGGCAGACAUGGUACUGCCCCCCCCCCCCCCCCUUCUCUUUUCAACCUUUUGAGUUUUAAUUGCACUUAAUAUAGUAACACUUCAAGCCAAAAGCACUUAAACCUUUUUAUUUUCCUUUUUUUAAAGCGCAAACAUAGAUCCACCAAGUUACCAUAAUGUGAAGUGGACAGUAGUUGCUGGAAAUGACUCAAUCAUCAGCCCUUAGUUUCACUUGUAAGCAUUUCUAGCGGUGCAAAAGGGCCUCUGUGAAACCGGAGAACGUAAAUUAAUACAAAUUGCAUGAAUUAGACAUAUAGGUCAAGCUCUCCCUGGGAACUAAAGGGCCCAGGCUAAAUUGUGAUAGCCAGUUUUGCACAGUGCUGCACUUUUUGAUUAAGAGAAUAUGUAUUUGUCCGUAAAAUGUUCAAAAAGGAGUGUUUUGCGAGACAAGAGCAGCAAAGUACAAGCCAAAAUCUCUUAUUGUAAAGGGAUUGUUUUUUUAAAAUUAUCUUUUGUCUAGUUUACUCGUGCAUUUUCCAUCAAUGAAUCAUUAUUGCUUUUUUUUUUCUUUCUACUUUGAUCAUGUCAAGAAAAGAAAUGUUGAUUGGACAGAGAACAUGAAUUGUCGAGACCAAAAUGUAACACGCCGCAGGAUGUGAUGUUAGGAUUUAAUCCGUCACGUCCUGGUCUGGAGCGAUGCCUCGAUUGUCCCCCUUUACACGGCUGUUUGUUUGUUCCUUUUUGGCACGCUGUCUCUGGACUGUCUCACACGCACACACACACACACACACACACACACACACACACACACUUCUUGUACUAUCUGCGUUAUCUUUUAUACUCUAGUGCCACUUGGUGGAAGGAAACCACCUGAGACUUCUGAGAAUGAGUCAAACUAAUUGUCAGGGUCCGAAAGAUAAAAAACGAUUUUUAAAAGGAUAUGUCCAAUCUCAACACCUUUUUUUUUUUUUAUUUUAAUUUUUUUAUAAAUGUCUGCCUUUUUUAUUACAGCUUAAUCAUCAUCAACGGCUGCACUUCUUUGUCACUUAGUUUGUAAUGUUUAAAAAAGGCAACAGGCCUCUCUAUCCUUUUUGAAAAAUCAAUAUUCUGAAGCACUUAUCGUUUAUUUUUUGCCCAAUUGUGAGCAGCACAGUGACCUAUUUUCUUUUUUCUUUUUUUAAAGCUUGACUACCUUUGCAGCACUUCAGAGUUUGCAUGACUUUGCCCUCUCUUGAGUUCCUCAACACUUAAUUGUGUUUGAAACUAACUCCCUCGGUUGCAUCUAGCUGGCAUCCCACUGCACUGUCUACAAUCAGUUGGCUUUAAGUUUGGCUGUAUUUUCUGAUCAGAAAAGGCUCGGCUAUCUUCUCUGUUGGCACUCGGUAAAGAUUGGUAUGUGCUGUACAAAGCUUUUUUUUAUUACUCCAUUGUUAAGGCUGUACAGGGUUGUGACGAUAACUGGUAAAUAGAUCAUUUGUACUUUUUUGGUUUUGUAUUUGUUUUCUUUGUUUGGCAUUAUUUUAUGUUCAACUUGCCAGGUCUAAAUGUAACAGGAUUUGAAAGUAAAGCUUACAUCAGAUAUUA